UCCAGGCUUAUACUUCGGGACCCACGACGCAAAGCAGUUUGCAUCAAGCCCAGAAGGGAUCCGCAGCCUUGGGGCAUGGGUGGCCGAAAAUUGAGUGUGCUGGACCCGGUGGUGAUGGCUCGGAGGAGGGUUUCUCAAGCCAAGAGGGCAGAGAAGAAAAGAAAGGAGGAGGCAGACAAGCAGCGUGAACAAGCCAGAUUCCUGCCACCAAUUCAUGAGAGGUCUGAGGAGGAGCUGAAGAAACCAACACCUUCAGCUUAUCAACGGUCAUCCAUAAUCCCGGCUUGUUAUAAGGACACUCCACCAAUGAAAUAUUUCUGCCAAAUACUCAAGUGCACACGAGUUCCUACCCACAUCGUGAGAAAGGAGUAUGAUCAGAUGCUGAAGCGGAGAAUAAAGGACAAGUUGAAAGGCCAAAUGCCUACGAGCCUGAAGGCACCAAAGGGGUGGCAGCAAGUGCCACAGCAACCGAGGACAGCACAGAAAAAAUUCCUGCCACCAAUUUAUGAGGAAUCUGAGGAGGAGCUGAAGAAGCCAACACCUCCAGCUCAUGCAAAGCCUAGGACACCUGAGCACGGGGCUUUUGCUCAGGACACUUCAACACCGGGAGCGCGCUCUGUACGCGCUAAGAUAGAAGAAAGAAGGCUCCGCAUACUGAAGGCCCAUAAGAUGAAAAAUCUUGAGGCUGAAACAUGGAACCAAUAUGAUUCCACGCUUCAAAAGCUGAUGAUGGAGCACAAGCAGAAAAACUUUCACCAGCCGAUGGAGCAUGACCAACGUCCUUCAUUCCAACUGAGAAUGGAGUACAAUGAGAAGCUGAAGGAGAGGAUGAAUCAGAAUGACAAAGGCCAGAGCGGUGCGAGCCUGAAGGCACCAGAGGGCAGGCAGGAAGAGCCACAGCCCCUGAGGAGAGCACAGACAGAAUUCCUGCCACCAAUUUAUGGGAGGUCUGAGGAGGAGCUGAAGAAACCAACCCCUCCUGCUCAUCCAAAGCCUAAGACCCCUGAGUGCCAGGAUAAUCCUCAGGACCCUCCAACAUCGAGGUGGCGCUCUGUGCGUGCUCAGAUGGAAGAAAGACGGUACAGAAUACUCAUGGCCCACAAGCGCACAGAGCUUGAAGAUGAAAUCGGUGGGGAAUAUGAUGCAAUCCUACGGAGUAGGAGCAGAGAGCGAAAACAGAACCCUGUCUACCACCUCCUGGAGGGUGACCAACGUCCUUCGAGCAUUGUAAGAAGGGAGUAUGACAAGAAGCUGAAGGACAGGAUGAAAGAGAAUGUCAAAGGCCAAAGCCCUGCAAGUAAGAAGGCACCAGAUGCCUCGAAGGAAGAGACAAAGCCAACGAAGGCAACACAGACAGAAUUCCUGCCACCAAUUCCUGGGAGGUCUGAGGAGGAGCUGAAGAAGCCAAAACCUCCAGCUUACCCACAGACUAAACCCCGUGAGCACCUGUCUUUUGCUGCUCAGAAAACAGCAACAUCGGGAGUGCACUAUAUGCGUGUUCUAACAGAGGAAAAACGGGAACAAGCGCUGAUGGCCCACAGGCUCAAAACACGACAAGCUGAAGCGUGGAAAGAAUAUGAUUCCAAGACGCAGAAGCUGCUCUUUGAACGAAGAAAGAACCCCAUCAACUCCUUGCAGAUGUGUGACCGACGUCCUUCCUUCCACAUGAGAAAAGAAUACGAUGAGAAGCUGAAGGAGAGGAUGAUGCCUGUCAGUGGCCGAAUAAAGAGUGCUGCAAAGAAUUCACCUGAACAUCAAAAGCAGCCUGAAGAAAACAGCCAUGCUCUGGAAGAACACUUUGAAGGAGCAUAUGCAACUAAGCUGGGCCUGACUGGCAAGGAGCCUUACUGCAGCCUCCAGCUUGUUAGGACACGGUUUGCGCAGAGCCUGGCAAAACCAGGCUGGGGUCUUGUUUUGAGCAGUGAGCUGAACAAAUUCUCUACAGAAAUCGCCCAAGUGUGGAAUAGUACGUGCAGAUACAUCAGAAGGCAGCUGUUGCAGAAGAAGGCGGUGAAUAUUGGAAUCGGGACAUUUGCCGUUGUGUCAGCGAAGACCACUGGUGCGGAUGGCAAGGCUAUGGUUGUCCGGAAACCCAUAUUCAAGCCCUGCAGGUUCAUGAAGAUAUUUUACAAGCUCAAGUGUGCUGAGAGCAGAAUUCCUAGACUGACAUUGUUCCUUCAUGGUUGUUUUCUAGUCGAGACAUUCAUUGAUCCGCUGGACAUUGAGAAAAUUGCCGCACACAUCUACUUCCGACCACAAAUAGUAGAGCAGUGCAUCCACGAGACCCUGCUUCUCUACGCUGGUGGCCUCUUGGACAACCAGGAUGUGGAAUUCUUCUUCAAGGGCAUUGGCAUUCUUACUGUGCGAAGAAGAGUGGUCACCAUGAACUAUUACACUGAUUUCCUGCUGGACGUGGAUGACACACGCAAUAUGCGUGAAGCUCUUCUCACGAACUCCAAGAUGAUGGAUAUGCUUGCCUUCAACGGCAAAAACAGAUAUACUCGCAUCAGUGGAAAUACGUUCCUCACACUACCAACGUGA